AUGGCCUCCUCCCCCUCCCAUAUCGCCAUCGAGGCCGCUAUCAACGGCAACCUGCGCCUCGUCAAGAAAAUGGCGAGGAAGGUGGACCUGCGGGGAGCCAAGGACGCGAAAGGGGACACCGUGCUCCACUUCGCCGCGUGCAAGGGCAGCCUGGAGAUCUGCAGGUUCCUGGUGGAGGACUCCGGGCUCGAUGUCGAUUCGGCGUCGAAAACAGGCGAGACGCCCAUGGUCUACGCCGCGCUUGCGGGGAAGGUCCAGGUUAUGAGGUACCUCCUCGACCGCGGCGCCGACCCGGCCGUCCGUGACGACAACGGCUCGACGCCGCUGCACUAUGCGGCAGAGGAAGGGCACUGCGAAGCUGUAAGGCUGUUGCUGUCCAAAGGAGUCCCCGUGGACCCUGUUGAUCACCGGGGCGCGCCGUUACAGUUGGCGGUUGCAAAGGACCGUGUCGAGGUUGUGAAGCUUCUGUUGGAGCAUGGGGCUGAUCCAAACAAAUUGGUCAAUCAUAUCCUUACACCACUCCUGAUGGCUGUCAUUAGGAACUCCUUGAAAUGCAUGAAGCUACUGAUUGAGGCGGGUGCUGAUCUGAAUGCUCGUGGUAACUUUGGACCAACUCCUUUAACACAAGCAGUUGAUGACGGUUCCACCGACUUUGUCAAGUUGCUCCUAGAGGCUGGAGCUGACCCUAACAUUCCUAGCGAGCAUGGUGCAAUUCCAGUCGAGCUAGCAGCAGUUCAUGGCCGAUGUGACCUUGUUGAAGUUCUAUUUCCUAGGACAAAACCAAUUCCAUCUCUGCCAGAUUGGAGCGUUGAUGGGAUAAUUAGAACCGUGAAGUCUCCGCUUAUGAAUCAUCUUCAGGCCUCGGUUUCUGUGGAAGAAAAAAUUGCGUUUUGGAAGUCACAAGGAAAGGAAGCAUUUGCAAAGGAGGACUACCUUACAGCAAUGACCUUCUAUGGCAAGGUACUUGACACAGAUCCAUCUGAUGCCACCAUGUAUGCCAACCAGAGCCUCUGCUGGCUGCGUAUGAGACAUGGGAAGCUAGCUCUGGAAGACGCGCUCAAGUGCAGGAUGAUGCGGCCCCGUUGGUCCAAGGCCUGGUAUCGUCAAGGCGCAGCCCUCAGCUUCAUGAAGGACUACGAGGGCGCCGCUGACGCGUUCCGGGUGGCGCUGCAGCUCGACCCUAAGAAUGAAGAGAUUAAGGAAGCGCUGAGGAAGGCCGAGAAGGCUGUGGAGGAGCCGCAGCGCGGGUAA